UGCUGGCUUGGCUUCCUCCUAAUUCACGGCUCAGGAACAGAGUUCGUGUGGCAAUGUGUUUUUGUCAAGAUUGUUGCCCGGGAUACGACCAAGCGGGAAAUGGGGGAGCAGGUCGACCUCGAUCAAGAGUCUAGACUGCGUGUGGUGUCGAUCCGAGAUGUUCUCGCUGACUGUCACGAGCUAAUGGAGUUGGCGACUUGAGCCCUGUCUGACACACAGAAUGUGGCUAUCUGGCUGAUCCAACUUGAGUUUAUUCAGGAGUGCCCUAACCGCGGUCGAUCCGCCCGCCCACCGGUCGCGAGUACCCCUCGCGAUGCCUCACAACAAGCCAUCCAUCGUACCCUGCUCGAACGCGCUGUCGAUCGCAACGCCGCAGAAACAUCGGUCUACGCUUAGGCAAAGAGAAAGCCCUUCCUAUCGUAACGAUCUCGUCCUUUGCGCGUGUGGCUUGCAUGCACUGCCGCCAGCUGAGUCGCGACCAAUACGAUCCCUUUUAUCGGGACGUAGGGCAUGGAACGGGUGGGAUACAUGCUGGCUUGCUGAGAAAAGGAAUAUUAUGGGUUCUGUUGCUGCCGCGGAGGGCAUUUACAGUCAGGUGCCCUCUUAUGGGGGGGUGCCUAUUGUGGCUGGUCCGGUGGCCACAACACUAGAAGCAUUACGGGGAAAGCAUUUUGUCCGGUCGGAAAUGAGGAUACAAGGUUGUAGCAGCAGCACAGCUUAUGCAGGAAGUGGGACAGGGGGAAACAGCUACGACGCCAAUGUCUCGAGCUUGAGCAUGCGAGUAUGUAAGCUGACCGGCAGGGAACUAGUGGUCGCAGGCUGCACGGGCCGGUAGUGCGCCGGGGAAUGGCAAGAGACAUCGAACUGAAAGCGAGACCCUU